GUGUUAGCUCAGUGCCAGCGCGGCACGGCAGGGAGGGAAUCAGGGGGCGCGGCGCUACCCGGGCCUGGCAGGCUCCACGUGGCGGGCCGACCCCCUCCCGCGGGCCCCCCUAGGCUCUCUCCCCGCCUCUCUCCCUCGCAGGCCCGGGGGAGCCCGGGAAGGGCAGCGUAGUCUUCGUGGCCGGAAAGAGCUGGGUGGGGGCGGGGCCGAAGUCUCGGGCCGCCAUCCCCUCCCCCUGUCCUCCCCCUCCCGCCGGUGCCCUGGGGCCGCCCGCAGCCCGCCCGCCGCCUCCCGCGCAGCUAGUUUUAGAGGCCUGUAUGUUUUCUGUGCUUCUAAGGUGGUGUGAUCCGGGGAAAGGUGUGGCCACUGCUCUUCUGAUCUGCUCUCUGGUCCUUACCCAGAAUGUGGUACCACAGGCUAUCCCAGAUAUACUGCAGCAUUCAACACCAGUUGAAGGGAGGAGUCAGACACCAGGCCCUUCAGUAUCUCUGCUUCCAAAACAGACUUCUAGCAGCUCGCCGAUGGCAACACACAGCGGUGGGGCCUCUGAACUGUGCCUGGCAGCAGCAUGAGGAUCAUUUGGAACUAUGCUAUGCUGGCACUGUGAUGAGAUUUGAUUAUGUUUGGCUCAGAGAUCACUGUCACUCAGCAUCUUGCUACAACUCCAAGACCAAUCAGCGCAGCUUGGAUACUGCUAGUGUGGACUUGGGCAUCAAGCCUCAGACUAUCCGUAUGAAUGAGACCAUGCUCUUUCUCACAUGGCCGGAUGGUCAUGUGACCAGGUAUAGUUUGGAGUGGCUGCUGAAGAAUAGCUAUGAAGGGCAGAAGCAGACCGUCCAGCCUAGAAUUUUGUGGAAUGCAGAGAUCUACCGGCAAGCCCAGGUGCUGCCUGUCGACUUCCAGAGCUUUUUGGAGACCAAGGAUGGCCUCAAGGAGUUUCUACAAAACUUCCUGCUCUAUGGAAUUGCAUUUGUAGAGAAUGUCCCUCCAACUCGAGAGGAUACAGAAAAGUUGGCAGGCAGAAUCAGUUUGAUCAGAGAAACCAUCUACGGUAGAAUGUGGAAUUUUACUUCUGAUUUCUCCAGGGGAGACACAGCAUAUACCAAGCUAGCCCUGGAUCGCCACACAGACACCACCUAUUUCCAAGAGCCCUGUGGCAUUCAGGUAUUUCACUGUCUCAAACAUGAAGGGACUGGUGGUAGGACCCUGCUCGUGGAUGGAUUCUAUGCAGCAGAAAAGGUCCUGCAGAGGGCUCCUGCAGACUUUGACCUCCUCAGCAAGGUGCCACUGAAACAUGAGUAUAUUGAAAAUGUGGGAGAAUGUCACAACCACAUGAUUGGGGUUGGGCCAGUCUUGAAUAUCUACCCAUGGAACAAAGAGCUCUACUUGAUCAGGUACAACAAUUAUGACCGUGCUGUCAUCAACACUGUGCCUUACAAUGUUGUCCACCGUUGGUACGCAGCACACCGGACACUCACUACAGAGCUGAGGAGGCCAGAGAAUGAGUUAUGGAUCAAACUGAAACCAGGCAAGGUUCUAUUUAUAGACAACUGGCGUGUUCUACAUGGCCGGGAAUCAUUCACAGGCUAUCGCCAGCUAUGUGGCUGUUACCUGACAAGAGAUGAUGUGUUAAGCACAGCCCGCUUCCUUGGACUUCAAGCUUAAAACUUCAUCCAUGGAAAUGAAGUCUGACAGCCACUGAGAAUGCUGAAUACCAGAAAGAAUUGCUUAUCCUAAAGAGCAGGAAAUCUUAUAUCAGUCUUUAGAUUGGCCUCCUAGAGCACCCCACAGUAUUUAAGCAUUCUCUUGCUAGUGACAUGGAGACAUACAUAAGAGAGGGCUCCAAAGUCCCCCAUCCAAUGGCAAAGCAUUUCCCAUUCUCUUCCACAGAGCAGGCAUUUUUUUUUUUUAGUUCUUCGGCCUUUUGGUGUAAUCCAGAUCAGCUCACUCCCAUGCUAUCCCCACAAUAAAUCCCUUUGUAUCUGAAUCCCUUAAAACAGGCCUAGACUAGGAGUAAUAUUGCUUAGAGCUGGAAGAGACUUCAUCAUUUAAUCCAACCCCCUUAUUUUAGAAAUUAGGAAAACUGAGGCCCUGAGAAAUUGUAUGACUGUUUCCAAGGUCUUAUAGUUAAUUUACAUCAGAGUCAGGACCCAAACCCAGGUCUCCUUACUCGCCCCUCAAGGUCAGAGGGAGUCUCAGGAGGUCUCUACCAUCCAUCCUUUGUUUCCUAGCAAGGUCAGUGAGCAGAGGUAGAAUCAGGGAAUCUUAAGUUUAAAUGUAGAUAGGAACUCAGAGGGAAGUGAUUUUACCCAGACUCACACAGGUGACUGGGCUUGGAUUUAAACCAAAGUCCUUUGACUUCAAAGAUCAUACAGCUUUUGGGUUGGCAGAGCCAGUAUGUCUUCUGAUUUCAAAUCCAGUCUUCUCUCCUUCAUUGACAUCAGAAUCAUAAGAUUCAGAACAAGAAGGGUCCUUAAAAAUCAUCCAGUACAAGCCCCUCAUUUGACAGAUGAGGAAACUGAGGCAUAGACAGGUCCAAAAUUAUGCAGGCAGUAAGGAAUACAUUGGGGAUGCAAGAACCUUGAAUACCAAAGACUUUGCUUGCACUUCAGAAUGAAACAUCUUUAAGUUAUAACUUAGUUAGCAGAACAUGGUUAUUUUCUGCAGUAUCCAUCAUUUCAUAAUUUGGUUACUAGAAAGCAUUGAAUGCCUUCCAUUUCAGAAUUCUCAUACUUUUCAUUCCUAGCUGUGGUGGUUUCCUAGAACUUAGUGUUAUGGUUCUAGUUCUUAGCCCCAUAAAUCUCCCUUGGGACGUGGGGGGGGGGGAAAUCACAGGAUGGCAGAGA